AUGGACCCGUUCUCUGGCGAGGGUGAACUCCUCAAUAUAUCCACCGCAUUCUACACCCAUGCAUAUCAGUCCGUGCUCGACUUCGACACCACCUCUCUAUCAUCCGAAAACAAAAGGACCGCCCAACUGCUCAAAUUCCGCGCUCAAAUAGCCCUGGGCCAAUCCUCUGCGGUAAUUUCCUCAUUAAAGUCGUCCAAAGACCCCGCCUCACGGGCUAUUGUGGCCCUGGCUCAGCAAGCAACGGGUAAUGCCACUGCCGUUGACACUGCCUCCUCGCUAGCAGAUUCAGACCCAGAAGAUUCGAUUGUUCAAGUCGUGGCUGGCACUGUUUUGGCCGCCGCUGGUGAAUACACAAAGGCCAUUGAACUCUUGAACAAACAUCAGGGUAACUUGGAAGCCGUCGCUCUCCUCACUCAGAUACACCUCAUGCAAAACAGGACAGAUCGGGCCGUGAAGGAAGUUCAAGCAGCGAAACGUUGGGCUCAGGAUUCUCUCCUCAUCAAUCUGGCCGAAGCCUGGACCAACCUCCGAGAAGGAAGCACUGAAAAGUAUCAAUCCGCCUUCUACGUCUACGAAGAACUGGCUAGCACCCCCGGAUCCACCUCUCCGAGUUCUAUAGUCGGUCAAGCUGUGGCUGAGAUCCAUUUGGGGAGAACUGAUGAGGCGGAAGCUGCUCUACAGCAAGCGCUCGCUGCUGAAAAUGCCGAUGUCCAAGCAAUUGCCAAUAGUGUAGUACUGGCCAGUCUACUCGGAAAGAAGUCAGAGGUUGUUCAGGAGUUGUUGAAACAAUUGGCUCAAAAGGACAAAGACCAUGCCCUAUUGAAGGAUCUGGAAGAGAAGAGCCAGGCUUUCGACACGGCUGCUGCCAAAUAUAGCGCAAAGGCUGCUGCGUAG